UAUUGUGCUAUAGUCAAAAAUAUGUUCAAUAUUUCUGCUUUUCUUUAUAAGGUUUUUAAGGAAAUUAUAUUCACUGAGAUUGCUACAUCAUGAAAAAAAAAACCCACCAAUUAGAAUUCCUAAAGCACUGCUUCUUUCACUUAACGAUUUCAGGUUAAACAGGUUAUGUAACUAGAUAACCCUGUGUUUACUUGAAGAACCCAAGUGACACUGUUCUCCUCCCUUUUGCUGAACUUUGAUCUGGCAAAAACAAUUCAUUAUUUACUUCAACUUAAAGCAACCAGGAAUUGGAAUACUGGAAAUGAUAAAAUUCUUUCUUAAAUCAGAGCCAAUUUUUCUGGUCUGAUAGCUAGAGAGAAUAUGAUGUUUUCUAAAAUGAUUAUGAAACUUCUCAUUUUGCAAAUCUUGGGUAUGUCCCUGGGUGAAGUGCAGAAACCAUUCAUUCAUUUUCUGAGUCUAAACAAGACCGAAGUCCUAUUUUACACGAAGACAGAAGAAGCAUUGAUUGUAAAGUCAAACUACAAGAGCAAGGGGCCAAACAGAAGCUAUCUUUCUGUAGAUUUAAAAGACCUGGAAGUGGCACAAGUGGUAAAUGUGACCAAGAUGUCCUCGGAGGUUACAAACUUUAAAAUAAACCUACUGACAAAGAAAGCAGGUGAGACAAGUUUAACCAUUCAACUGUGGGAUUUUGUAGGUGGGCAAGAUAGACUCAUUGAAGAGAUAAAGGAUAUCCGAAUCAAGGUGAUCUUCAAACAGAAAACAGAGACUCUUCUAAAGGCACCUUUGCAUUUUGACAGUCAUGCUCUACUGCUGAUUUUGCCAAUGAUAUUAAUUAAUAAAUUUGCAUUUGGGUGCAAGAUUGAAAUGGAAACACUCCGGAUUGCAUGGAAGAAACCUUUACCAAUAUUUCUUGUUGCAGCUAUCCAAUUUUUUGUCAUGCCGUUUUGUGGAUUUAUUUUUACUAGAGUUUUGGCACUAUCCCAGACUCUCUCUUUUGGAUUUGUUAUGACUUGUACCUGUCCUGGAGGAGGAGGAGGCUAUCUCUUUGCCCUGCUUCUGGAAGGUGAUAUCACUUUGGCCAUUGUAAUGACUUGUGUUUCAACAUUAUUAGCACUGAUAAUGAUGCCUCUAAAUUCGUACAUUUAUAGUAGAAUGUUGGGACUGCAUGGUUCACUUCAUAUCCCUGUUUCUAAAAUCAUGACAACCCUCCUUUUCAUAGUUAUACCAAUAUCGGGAGGCAUAAUCAUUAAGCGGAAAGUACCUAAAUGGGCAAACUACUUGGAGAAAAUAAUUAAGCCUUUUAGUUUUGUGUUAAUAUCUGUGGGGAUAUAUUUGAAUUUUAAGAUGGGAUUCAUAUUUAUAAAAACAAUUAACUUGAAGGUAUUUUUCCUGGGACUAUUAGUUCCUGCUUUGGGUUUGUUGUUUGGAUACUCUUUUUCUAAAAUGUUUAUGUUGCCUCUUCCAGUUUGCAAAACAGUUGCUAUUGAAGGUGGGGCAUUAAAUAGUUUCUUAGCACUGGCCAUUAUUCAGCUCUCUUUUCCACAACACAAAGCAGAUUCAGCAUCAGUUGCCCCUUUUACAGUAGCCAUGUGUUCUGGCUGUGAAAUGCUGUUUAUAAUUCUGUUAUAUAAAGCUAAAAAAUAUUACAGUUCUAAAUGUAGAGGAUGAAAAGCUAAAAUCUCUUUUCUAAUAAAUUCUUACACUCAACUUACAAGUAUUUAUUGAGUACCUGUCAUAUAUUAAUU